UAUCCAGUUUGUGAAACCCCUGUGUUGUGGCCAUCGAAGGAGUGGUAGGAUGGGUCCCUCCAAGCCAGAAGACGAGGCAAGUGGCAGAGCGUUGGCCGGAGACAUAAACCAGGCUGAGCCGUGAAGAAGUGAGAGCCAAGGCCAUGCUCAAUAGAUGGAAGGCAGCCAAGUAGCCUUGACUGAGUUUUGGGGCUGUGGCGAUGGAAUGCUACGAGCGGACGAGGGCUUGAAACCUGUAUCAACAACUUCCGCGUAUCAAGUGCACACUAGCCCUCGCCAUUCCUUCUCUUUCGCUCAAUACACCAUGGAGUUUCUACUAGCGGCCAGGCGUAGUCCAAUGCCAACCCGUGAAAUGGUUGUGCCAGUAUACCGUGGAAUCCUCAAAGAGGCGCGCAAAUUCUUCGACCUCCCUACACGCACCUUCAUCAAAACUUUUGCCCAGGAGAAAUUCCGCAGCAACUCGCGUGACAAACUCCCCAUGCGUGCACACAAAAAGCUCCGGAAAGCCCGCUCGGCGCUGCGCCUGCUCGAACGCGCCAACACGCAUCGGUAUGCAGACGCUGUCAGUCUGCUGGAGUUCGGGUAUGGUCGCAAAGGGCCGCUGCGGAUCGAUUUGAUGCGUGCCAUGGCGGGUGUGGGCAAGCGGGAGCAGGUGUUUGGAAGUCUCAGCAAUGUCAAAAAGUAUCGACCGGCAUUUUAUGCGAUCGCGAGUGAGCAGCUUGGAGACAAGCUGGAGGUCAACGUCAAUGUGCUGAAGUCAAGGAACAAGCUGAAUGUUGCCAAAAUGCAGGACAAGAGGUGGGAGGAAGUGAAGUGGAAGGUGGUACCCCCCGUCGACCGGGAGACGCUAGAGAUGGUCGAGGAGUUUGCAAAGACCGGGGUUGUUGAUAGUACAAAGGGGUUGUCGGCAAAGGAGAAGGAGGUGCUGAGACAGUGGGAGCAGCGGUGGGUCAAGGUGCCGCACAAGCGGCAGGUGCAGCGGUUUUACCGGGAGCUUCUGACCAGGAUGCCGGCUAUGGAGAUCACAGAAACAGAGGUGCUGAAUCCGACAAAGUACCGCAAGGAUAUCGUGCGCCGCAACGCCAGCGACACGACGCCCGACAUGAUUCCCAAGGCGGCAUAUUCGUUCAUCAGGUCGCCGCUGGCGGGCAAAAAGAAGCCAUCUCUGGCCAACCUAAUCGAUCUAGCAGGCCUCUAAAAGUGCAACAGGGAAUAUAUGGAGAAACCAAAGAGAGAAAUG